AGUCUAAGGGCUCAUUCACAUGGGCGUGUAGUAGGCAGGGGCGGACUGACCAUUUGGAAACUCGGGCACUGCCCGAGGGCCCGGGGUUAGUAGGGGGCCCCAUGAGAUGCCCCUGGUACCUUUUUCAUUGGCUUUUUUGAGUUUGGCAAGGACACAGGGGCCCCAUGAUCCCCUAUUGCCCGGGGGCCCCAUGAGUUGUCAGUCCACCCCUGGUAUCCACCCCUGAUCCUAUUAAUGGAAA